AUGGUUGUCCUCGACUGCACAAACAAGCAGAAGGUCUAUUAUGCCGCUUUCAAGAUGACAAGAGAAGCAAAGCACUGGUGGCCUUCUGUAAAGCUGCUGGACGAUCAGAGGGUCGUAAAGAUAGCUCUUACCUGGGAAAGGUUCAAGGAGCUUUUCUUUGACAGGUAUUUUCCUUCAUCUGUCAGAGAGGAGAAUGUUGAAGAGUUCACCAAUCUAACCCAGGGAGACAUGACAGUUGCGGAAUAUGCGGUUAAAUUUGUGGAGUUGUCGCGGUUCGCUCCAUUUCUGGUCCUAAAUGAAGCAAGGCAGGCCAGGAAAUUUGAGAAAGGCCUGAGGCAUAGGAUCUACGAGCUGGUGGUUGGGUUUCAGGGCAGCACUGACCCUUCAGAGCAGAAGAAGAGACCUGCACCAUCUAGCCUUCAGUUUGAGCCCAGUCAGCGAUCAGCGAAGAAAGUGAAAGAAGAAAUGGGCUCUAUAUGCCAAAAAUAUGAUAAGAGGCAUAGGGGCGAAUGCUGGUAUGGCACUCCGAAUUGUUAUAGGUGCGGUAAGCUAGGGCACCAAAGGAAAGAUUGCCGAGAACCCUUGCCUAUGGUAGCUGCUCAGAAUCAGGACAAGGGAAAGCAGCAGAUACCACUUGGAAGAGGUGGUCCGCCUCAACUGUACACACUCUGA